UCCCUCUCGCUAUAUAUAUGACCACCCUUAUCUCUCAUUUCCUCACAAAACACCGAGCUUUACUGCAAAUAUAAGCAGCCAUGGCCAUCUCCAAGGUCUCGAUCACCUCUAUCCUCCUUUGCCUCCUCCUCCUCAAUCUCGCCGAAGCCACCGAUCAGACGGAGAGCACAAAGGCCGCCGCGAGCCCUACUUCAGGCAAAAUCGACUGCGAUGCGGCCUGCGCCGCCCGGUGCCAGCUGGCGUCGAGGCAGCGGCUCUGCCACAGGGCAUGCGGAACAUGCUGCGCGCGGUGCAACUGUGUCCCUCCGGGUACUUCCGGCAACCGUGAUGUCUGUCCUUGCUACGCCACCAUGACCACGCACGGCGGCCGACUUAAGUGCCCAUGAGACUAAACCUUUCCUAAAUUCCUAUACGUACCGUUUGCCUCCCUAGUUCUUGCUAUGUGCGUCGUCGUUUCUAUUGAGAGAGUUCUGUACAGUGUUUAUGAAAAUGCAUCGCAAAUAAGUUGAAGGUUUCAGUAAUGAAGUGUUGUAUACAUGAACAUUUUCCCAAUAUAGUCUUGUAAUUUGAAAUCCUUAUUUU